UUAGGCCAUUAAUUGGUGGGAGCGUUAUUAGCUUUAUAAAACCCAUUGUUUUAAUUUCAGCUUGCCAUGAGCGAAUUGGUGCAGGAAUUAAAUAAUAUUUUCGCUGAUGACAACAUCGGCAAAUUUCACAUCCGGGAUCUUCCCUCAAAACGCAGGUUUGGUAGAAGAGUAGUGGCGCUUGACUUUACAAAACUUUCCAAAGCUGUGGACGCCAUGAGAAAAUUGGACAGACUUGUAUUUAAGGAUGGCGCUAUACUCCAAGCUAGAAUUACACCUAUAUUAAAAAAUAAUAAAAACAUAAAAGAAAGUGAUCAAGAGGAACUUGCUAGAUACGCAAAUAUUGUGAGAGAACUAAUUAGAAACGAAACAAUGAAUGCACCAGCUAAAAUUAAAAAUGAAUCAACUUCAAAUGAAUCUACUAAAAAUAAACCGACUGGAAACGACGAAGAGCUUAAAGAUUUGGAUGCAAAAAUAGAUUUUUAUAAAAAACAAACACUCUUGUAUAAAGCUAAAAGAAAGUAUCUACAAGAACAAGCGAAAUAUAAUAAGGAAUUUAAAAAUACGAAGGUACAGCCAUCUACAUCUGGGAAGUCCAAUAAUUCAUCUGACAAAGGUACUACUAGAGCUACUCAACGAAAGCGUAUCAGAAAAAUAUCCUCGUCACCAUCCUCUUCCUCAUCCGCGUCAUCGUCAUCAUCAUCAUCACCAUCACCCGAUUCUGACAGGAUCGCCAAGAACUCCUCAAGGUCAGGGGACCAACCUAAAAGCAGGAGUCAAAUUACCGCAAAAGAUCAUUCUGCGCAAAACAGAUCAAGACGCAGGUCUAAGACUCCUGAAACUCGUGGCAGGCCUUGUAACCGAAGUCCAUCAGGGUCAGGAAGACCUUCGAAAGGAAGAAUAUCGGGAUCUCGAAACCGUACCAAAUGCCGUGAAAUGAAGUCAACAACAAUGCAUAAAUCAAUUUCACCGGAUUCUCGGACUAAGCGUCGCAAAGUACGCUCAAGAUCAGAUCAGAGUAGCUCAGCCUCAUCCUCACGGGUACCAAAACCGCGGCGCAGAAGUCGCACAAUCUCACCGUUUAAUAGAAGGUUGACCAAACUGGAUAAUCCCAGAUCAAGAUCUUAUAUCUAUUUCUAUAACCAUCAGUCACCACCUUGUGUUGAAAGAGCACCACCUCUUCAAGAAAAUUCACACUCUACGCAUCAAAGAAGCACCACAAUGCCACGUUCUCGGAUGGAAUGGAGUCUCGACCUAAAUAUAUUGCGCGCCCUAUCGAAGAAAGACCAAGCGAUUUUGGCGGUGCUGAUCCAAAUGAAGUCACUAUUGGAAACAGGAAGAAAUUCCAUAUCAAAUAAAGAUAAAUAUACCUUAUUGUAUCUUGCAAGGGAAGUUGUUUAUACUAGAUUCCAGAAAUUGUAUGAGAGUGGUAUGACUGUCGUUGACCGUCUCAGGCGUUAUCGGGAAUUAUACACAGAGGAUGAAGAUGCUUCGUUGCUUCACAGCUUAGCUGCUAGAUGCAUGACAAUGUGUCUUCUUAGCCACGGGACAUACUCUCUAAUCUGUGGUCUUAACAAGGGUCCAAGAACUGCAGCUACGUUGCAUUUACGUAAUCUCUGACGAUGAAGGGCUCUCUGAUGCGGAUACAGCUGUGCCCAGUCCGAAUACUUGUCAGGUGGAAGACAAUGAAAACCUUGAACCAGAACCUCAAACAAGUGAGGUAAUAAAAGCCGAAAACGAAAAUUUAUCAGAAACUGAGAAGAACAUUAACAAUUUUUUGAAGGCUACUGUUCAAAAUGAUGGUGUUAAGGAAACAGUCGUGCUCAAAGCCAUCCGAGAAUCAAAACAAGCCGACCAGAAUCAAGAAAACCAAAAUGAAUCAGUCGAUAAAACACCACUAGAAUUCCAGGAACCAAAUGACCAAGAGCCAGUCACACAAAAAACAAUAAAACAAGAAAUAUCAGUCGAUGAAGCACCAAUUAAUCCAGAAUUACAGAAACCAAACGACGAAGAUCCAGUCAUACAAAAAGCAAUCAAACAAAAAAUAUAAUUAUCCGACUAAGAACCGAAGAUUGA